UCUCGAGCGAGGGAGGGAGUGAAGAAACUGCACGAGCCCCGCGGUGCCGUUCGGUCUGAGCUCGUGUCCAUCAUCAUCACUACUGCUUUUCUUUUUCUUCCUCAGUUCAUUAUAAUCCGUCUCUCGCGCGCACCCUUUCAUUUUGCAGCAGCAGUGAAGUGCUGCAGAGAUUUCAUCUCUCUCUCUCUCUCUCUCUCUCUCUCUCUCUCUCUCUCUCACACACACACACACACACACACACACAUUCACACACCCGCGCUUAUAGAGGCUUGCGCUCUGCUCUGUCACACGAGAAGAGGAGGAGAAGGACAGAGGCCGUGGUCGCGCGCUUAAUCAUAAUGCACCGGAGCUGAGGACGCUCCCACCGGCCGCGCGAGCCUUACUCGUCUUCUCAUUUGUGAUCAGAGCGCGGACAGAGAGUGUGUGAAGGGUGAAGGAAGGCGUGUGUGUGUGUGUGUGUGUGUGAGAGAGAGAGAGAGAGAGAGGGAAAGAUGGAGAAUAUGGCCUCCUCGUGCAGCAGUUCGCCGGAGGGAGGAUCCCCGCCGCAUCAGGGCCGCGUGCGCAAGUCGGACAGUAAUACCAGUUUCUUGAGAGCAGCAAGAGCCGGAAACAUUGAGAAAGUCCUGGAGCUUCUGAAGGGAGGACAAGAUAUCAGUACCUGUAACCAGAAUGGGUUAAAUGCACUUCAUCUCGCUGCUAAGGAAGGUCAUGUGGAGCUGGUGGAGGAGCUGCUGGAGAGAGGAGCAGCUGUAAACUCGUCUACCAAGAAAGGAAACACAGCUCUCCACAUUGCCUCAUUGGCUGGGCAGAAGGAAGUGGCUAAGCUGCUGGUGAAAAGAGGAGCAGACGUGAACUCCCAAUCACAGAAUGGCUUCACUCCACUCUACAUGGCUGCUCAGGAGAAUCACCUGGAUGUAGUGCGCUACCUGCUGGAGAACGGAGGCAACCAGAGUACAGCCACUGAGGAUGGCUUCACCCCGUUAGCGAUCGCUCUGCAGCAGGGUCAUAACCAGGUAGUGUCUUUGUUACUGGAGAAAGACACUAAAGGGAAAGUGCGUUUACCUGCACUGCACAUCGCCGCCCGCAAAGACGACACCAAGUCUGCUGCACUACUGCUCCAGAACGACCACAACGCUGACGUCCAGGCCAAGAUGAUGGUCAACAGGACAACGGAGAGCGGCUUCACUCCACUUCACAUCGCUGCUCAUUACGGAAAUGUUAAUGUCUCUACACUGCUGCUGAACCGUGGCGCCGCUGUGGACUUCACUGCCAGGAACGGUAUCACUCCUCUGCACGUGGCCUCUAAACGGGGAAAUACCAACAUGGUGUCCUUGCUGCUCGAUAGAGGGGCGCAGAUCGAUGCUAAGACCAGGGACGGACUGACUCCCCUACACUGUGCUGCCAGAAGUGGUCAUGAUGCAGCGGUGGAGCUGCUGUUAGAGAAAGACGCUCCAAUACUCGCCCGAACCAAGAAUGGGCUGUCCCCACUGCACAUGUCUGCGCAGGGUGAUCAUGUCGAGUGUGUAAAGCACCUUCUGCAAUACAAGGCACCAGUUGAUGAUGUCACUCUGGAUUACCUCACAGCUCUCCAUGUCUCCGCCCACUGCGGCCAUUACAGAGUCACUAAAUUAUUGCUGGACAAGAGAGCCAAUCCCAAUGCACGAGCACUGAAUGGUUUCACUCCGCUGCACAUUGCCUGUAAGAAGAACAGAGUAAAAGUGAUGGAGCUGCUGGUGAAAUACGGAGCUUCCAUUCAGGCCAUCACCGAAUCGGGUCUGACUCCAAUCCAUGUGGCAGCGUUCAUGGGUCACCUGAACAUUGUGCUUUUGCUGCUGCAGAAUGGAGCUUCACCAGACGUCUGCAACGUCCGGGGAGAGACGGCCCUGCACAUGUCAGCGAGGGCGGGGCAGAUAGAGGUGGUGCGCUGCCUGCUGAGAAAUGGAGCUCGCGUGGAUGCAACAGCCAGAGAGGGUCAGACCCCCCUCCACAUUUCGGCGAGGUUGGGUCAGUCUGACACGGUGCAGUUGUUGUUGCAGCACAUGGCUGAUCCCGACGCUGCCACCACUAACGGAUACACACCUCUACACAUCGCCGCCCGAGAGGGACACACACACAUCGUCUCUGUGCUGCUGGAGGCUGGAGCCACACACGCACUGACCACCAAGAAAGGGUUCACUCCUCUACAUGUAGCAGCGAAGUAUGGAAGCCUGGAGGUGGCCAAACUCCUACUGCAGCGCAGAGCCCUGCCUGAUGAAGCCGGAAAGGAUGGUCUCACUCCUCUGCAUGUAGCAGUUCACUAUGAUAAUCAGCAGCUCGCUCUUCUGCUGCUGGAUAAAGGCACAUCACCUCACAGCACAGCCAAGAACGGAUACACUCCGCUCCACAUUGCGGCAAGGAAGAAUGAGCUGCAGGUGGCAAGGGUUCUGUUGCAGAAGGGGGCGGAGCCUGGAGCUGCAACACGGCAGUUCAUGACCCCGCUACACCUCGCUGCACAAGAGGGACAUGACCACAUGGUUGCCCUGCUGCUGGACCACGGAGCUAAUGUUAAUGCUAAUGCAAAAAACAGUCUCACCCCACUACACCUUGCUGCUCAGGAGGACAGAGUGAAUGUGGCUGAAAUUCUUGUUAAACACGGUGCUAACUUAGACCACCAAACAAAACUGGGUUACACCCCUCUUAUUGUCGCCUGUCACUAUGGAAACGUGAAGAUGGUGAACUUCCUGUUGCAGCAUGGGGCAAAUGUAAACACCAAAACUAGAAACGGGUACACACCGCUUCAUCAAGCAGCUCAGCAGGGAAACACACACAUCAUCAACGUUCUGCUUCAUCACGGUGCAAAGCCCAACGCUGUUACCAUGAACGGGAACACAGCUCUCUCCAUCGCUAAGCGUCUAGGCUACAUCUCUGUGGUGGACACACUGAAGGUCGUCACUGAGGAGGUCAUCACCAUGACGACAACGGUGACAGAAAAGCACAAACUGAAUGUUCCUGAGACAAUGAAUGAAGUUCUGGAUGUUUCUGAUGAGGAAGGUGAGGACACGAUGACGGGAGAUGGAGGUGAGUAUCUGAGGGCAGAGGAUCUGAGAGAGCUGGGAGACGACUCUCUGUCUGGACAAUACCUGGAUGGCAUGAGCUACCUCAGCCACAACCUGGACAGGACUCAUCAUACUCCACCUCACCUGGGCUAUCAGAGAGACGGAGUUCUCAUCGAGGACAUGAUCAGCAGCCACCAGGUAUCAAGUCUGUCCAGAGAAAAUGAUAAAGACUCGUAUCGGCUGAGCUGGGGAGCCGAACAUCUGGACAAUGUAGUACUGACUAACACACUGCUGCAGUCUGGCUUCCUGGUCAGUUUCAUGGUAGAUGCAAGGGGCGGAGCCAUGAGUGGUUGCCGUCACAAUGGCCUACGCAUCAUAGUUCCACCCAGGAAGUGUUCAGCUCCGACACGCGUGACCUGCAGACUGGUGAAGAGACACCGCGUGGCCACAAUGCCCCUGGUUGAGGGAGACGGAAUUACAGGACGUAUCAUAGAACUCGGACCUACAGGAUCACCAUUCCUUGGGAAGUUACACUUGCCUACAGCUCCACCUCCUCUUAACGAGGGAGAGAGUCUGGUGAGCAGAAUCCUGCAGCUUGGCCCACCAGGAACCAAAUUUCUUGGACCGGUGAUAGUGGAGAUCCCUCACUUUGCGGCUCUGCGUGGUUCUGAGCGAGAACUUGUGGUUCUGCGCAGUGAGACAGGAGAGAGCUGGCGAGAACACCACUGUGAGCACACUGAGGAGGAACUCAAUCAGAUCCUCAAUGGCAUGGACGAGGAAUUGGAUUCACCUGAGGAGCUGGAGAAGAAGCGUAUCUGCCGCAUCAUCACUCGUGAUUUCCCACAGUUCUUUGCAGUGGUGUCUCGAAUACGGCAGGACAGUCACCUGAUUGGUCCAGAGGGGGGAGUCCUCAGCAGCUCAUUGGUUCCUCAGGUGCAGGCCGUGUUUCCUGAAGGAGCUCUGACCAAGAGGAUCCGUGUCGGGCUACAGGCUCAGCCAAUAGGGUCUGAGGUAGUGAAGAGGAUUCUAGGUAAUAAGGCGACAUUCAGCCCCAUUGUUACUCUGGAGCCUCGGAGACGCAAAUUCCACAAACCCAUCACCAUGACGAUCCCCAUUCCCAAAACCUCCACAAAUCAGGGCAGCAGCAGCAUACCGGGGGAGACGCCCACUCUGCGUUUACUGUGCAGCAUCACAGGAGGUACCACCCCGGCACAGUGGGAGGACAUCACUGGUUCGACUCCCCUCACCUUCAUUAAUCAGUGUGUGUCCUUCACCACUAAUGUCUCGGCUCGGUUCUGGCUGAUAGACUGUCGUCAGUCUCAGGAGUCGGUGACGUUCUGCGCGCAACUAUAUAGGGAGAUCAUCUGUGUUCCCUACAUGGCCAAGUUUGUCAUCUUUGCUAAGACACUGGACCCGAUCGAGGCACGGCUGCGCUGUUUCUGCAUGACUGAUGACAAGAUGGACAAGACCCUGGAACAGCAGGAGAACUUCACCGAGGUGGCACGCAGCCGAGACGUGGAGGUUCUGGAAGGAAAGCCCAUUUUUGCGGAUUGUUUUGGAAACCUCGUUCCUCUGACUAAAAGCGGACAGCACCACGUCUUCAGCUUCUAUGCCUUCAAGGAGAACCGUCUUGCUCUCUUCAUCAAGAUCCGUGACAGUGCGCAGGAGCCGUGUGGUCGACUUUCAUUCACCAAAGAACCGAGAACUUACCGCAGCCUGAACCACAACGCCAUCUGCAAUCUGAACAUCACACUUCCUGUUUACUCAAAGGACUCUGAUUCAGACCAGGACGCUGAUGAAGAGAGUGAGAAGACGCAUGACAAAUAUGAGGAUGAAACUGAAUCAACAGAAUUCUCCACACUGCACACAAACAUGGUUCACGAUCCAGCAACGCUCGCCAGUCCUGAUCUCCUCUCCGACGUCUCGGAUAUGAAGCAAGACCUUAUUAAAAUAUCUGGCUUCCUGACCAGUGAGAUUUCAGAUCCAUCUCUGGUGGAUGGAUUAAAAUACUACGUAGAUAAUGAGGAUGAAGAAGAGCCGUUCGAGAUAGUCGAAAAGGUCAAAGGGGACUUGGAGAAGGUGGGAAAGAUUUUAAGGGUUGGAAAUUUUGGUAAAGAAACUGAAAAAUCUAAGUGUAGUGUUAAAGAGGCGGAAGAGGAUAAAAGCCAGAUAAUCGAGCCUUUACUUAGAGAGGUCAGAAUCACAAGAGCUACCGAUUGCAGUUCUGCACCCCAAAAGGAUGCGUCUGAAAUGGUUUUACAUCUUAGUACAGAUUUGGAAAGCUAUCUCCAGCAUCUGCCUGUGACUGCUCGUCCUGUUCAAGAAGAGAAUAUCGUCGAAGAGACAUUUACAGAAGUUGUGCUACCUCGGAAGCGUCAUCCUCCACGAGUAAAAAAACCAGCAAGAAAGAAGCUUAAAGAGAGGGAGCUUGUAAGCUGUAGCUCUGAAGAUGAGUUGGAGAGGAUGAGCUCUGAGGAAUCACUCGAUGGAGACACACUUCUCGGAUCCUCUGAGCUUGGAGUGCCACCUGUGUCUCCUAAAGUUGUCGAGACUCCCAUUGGGUCCAUCAAAGACAGAGUCAAAGCACUUCAGAAAAAAGUGGAAGAGGAGGAGAAGGAGGAGAGUGUCAAAGUCAGAGAGGUGAGACGAGUGACUGUUGACCAGAGCAAAGCUUUCCUGACCAUGAGAGAAAUGGAGGAAAAUUAUACUCCACCUCCUAAAUCUCCAAAAUCCCCUCGGUCUCAGACUGAGAGAAUAGAGCACUCCAUGUCUGUGAAGGAGCUGAUGAAAGCAUUUCAAACUGGACAGGACCCGUCAAAGAGCAAAUCUGGACUUUUUGAACAUAAAGCAAUUACUAAGCUGGUGGAAACAUCAGAAGUUUCUGAGGAAACUAAAAAUGCUCAAAUAUCUGACCUACAAAGCUCAGAAAUUAAACCAUCAGCAGAAGAAUUCAAUUGUCAGAGCAUCGUGGGAGAAUCAUCACAAAUCAUCCAUAACCAGUAUCAACAAAAUAAGAUAGUGAUUAGUGAUGAAAUUAUACAUGAGCAGGCACAAAGAACAUCAGAGGAUCCUAGUGUUAGCAAAACUAGUGUGGACAUUUCACUCAGUAACAAAGACUCCUGGAGACCAAGCAGGCUGGACAGUGAGAACACAGUGAUUGGUGUAAGAGAGGAACUAUAUACAGCAGCACCAAAUGAACAUAAAAUACAGCAUCGUGAGCAAGGAGAAACUUCAAAUGUGUCAUCUGGGUGUGAGGAAGAGGGUAAGGAAGAGAUAUUAUUUAAUGAGGAUAAAAUCAUACAAAAUAAUGAAUACUCUAAGGAACUGUGUCAAGUGAAAAUACAAGCUAAAGACUCAACAGUACCUUUGAAAGUGUGCCACCAUGAGGAAGAACAGCAUAGUCCUGAUCUACUGCACUAUAAUAAACUAAGCACCAGCCAUGAACGGAGAACAUCUGAAGAAUCACAGAUUAGCCCAAACCGGAAACAUUCUGAAGACUUCAGUGCUGUUAUCAAGGAAGAACUCGAGGAGAGUCCAGAGUAUCAGCUGUUUAUCCAGGCAGCAGGUCCAUCGCCAGUCAGCUACACAUCAUACAGCAAGACUCGUAUUAUAAAAGAUGCUGAUCAGAUGCAGCACUCUGCUGUGGAGCACCAUUCAUACAAACCAAAGCCAGCAGUCAGAUUUGCUCCUACAGUGGUCCAGAGUGAGAAAUGUAUUUCAGCUAUAAUUCACGAUGAGGACAUAACUGAAGCAGGUGAAGAUUCAACUGACAUUAUGUUCAGGAGCAGGACCCCUAGAACAAGCUUAGGAGAGUAUGAAGCUUAUGAAGAAUUUAAACAAAUUGCACAAACAAGUCCAGAAAAGCUAAAAGAAAGUGACCAAAAGGUUAAAUCACCCACAGAGCCAGAAGACCAACUUAAGGAGAAGAGUGCAAAGCAAUUAGCAUACACAGAAAGUAGAAGUCCAACUAAAAGUGCAGUCCAAACUAGACUUGAAGAAACACAAGAGGCCGAAGAAAAAGACCAGCAAGAUCAUGAGACAAGGCAAGUGACAUUUUAUAUGGAGAUCAAAAGUACAGUCCAUACGGAGCUGGAGUUCAUGCAAAAGUCACCCACAGAUAUCAAAAGCCAAGUCCAAACAGAGCAGGAAAACAGUUUUCAAGUUAAAAGAGACCAGUUGAGUCAGGAUAUGUGCAGUGAUGAGGUUUCCUCUAUAGAAACUGCUGAGUCUGAAGAAUUUCAGAAAAUUCAGCAAAUGUCAUCUAGACCACAUGAUCUGGAAGACCCACAGCCUGUAACAAUAAGUGAUCUUAAAAUCAAUUCACCCGAGAUAGCGCCUGAUAAAGAGGAUAUCUCUCCUCACAAGUCUCCAGACUCAGUGCAAGUAUCAUCAACGGAAUUCAAAGGUCCAGUCCAAACAGAGUUCGAGGAAACACAUCUACCUGAGACAGAGGAAGAAUCCCAGCAUGUUUAUAUAACUACAAUGGAAACGAUUUUUACAGAAAUCCAAACACAAAUCCAGACAGAGGAGGGAAUAGGCUUCACUAUUGAAUCUGGUAUUUCAGUUCAGAAUCUGGAUGACAGCUAUGAGGCUCCUGUACCUGAGGAAACUAAACAAAUCAGAGGUCUUUAUGAGAUUUCCUCUGAAGUUCAGGAAAUUCAGGAAAUGCCUUAUUCCACAUUCUCUACAUCUAGCCCUGACAUCCUUGAUGACCUACAGUACAUAACAAGUGAUCCUGAAAGUGGCUGCAAAUCAGACUCACUGGAGAUGACACCUAGUAAGGAGGAUUUUUCCACUCAGAAGUCUCCUGAUUCUGUGCAGGUUUCAUCCAGAGAAAUCAAAUGUCCAGUCCAAACAGAGAGAACAGACUUACAUGAGACAGAGGAAGAUGAUCAACAUGGGUAUAAGACUACUGUGGAAAGGUUUUCACCUACAGAAAUCCAAACACAAAUCCAGACAGAGGAGGAAAUAAGUGUUAAUGUGGCAGUAGAUAGUCCAAUUCAGGAUCUGGAUGACUAUCAAGUUUAUGCACUUAAGGAAACUAAACAAACUAGAGAUAUUUAUGAGAUUUCCUCUGAGGAAACUGCAGGGUCUGAAGAAUAUAAGCAAAUUCAGCAAAGGAUGUGUAGUGCUGUUAAUCUCUGUGACCUACAACCUGUAAUGAUAAGCAGUCCUGAAAGUGCCUACCAGGUAGACUCCCUGGAGUCUCCUGAGGAUCUCUCAUUUCACAAGUCUACGGACUCAGUGCAAGUAUUAUCAAUAGAAAUCAAAGAUCCAGUCCAAACAGAGCUCGAGGAAACACAUCUACCUGAGACAGAGGAAGAAUCCCAGCAUGUGUAUAUAACUACAGUGGAAACAACGAUUUUUACAGAAAUCCAAACACAAAUCCAGACAGAGGAGGGAAUAAGUGUUAAUGUGGGAGUAGAUAGUCCAAUUCAGGAUCUGGAUGACACCUAUCAAGUUUAUGCACUUAAGGAAACUGAACAAACUAGAGAUAUUUAUAAUAUUUCCUCUGAAAAAACUGCAGAGUCUGAAGAAUUUCAGGAAAUUCAGCAGAGGUUGCGUAGUGCGGUUAACCUUUGUGAUCUACAGCUUGUAACAAUGAGUGGCCCUGUUGGUGCCUGCCAGGUAGACUCCCACGAGACUACAUCUGGUAAAGAGGAUCUCUCUUCUCCUGACUCAGUGCGAGUAUCAUUAACAGAAAUCAAAAGUCCAGUUCAAAUAGAGCUUGAGGAAACACAUUUACAUGAGACAGAGGUGGAGGACUAUCAUGGGUUUAUGACUAUAGUGGAGAAGUUUUCACCUUCUAAAAGUCCAGACCAAACGGAGCAGGAAAUAAAUGUUGAGGUUGAAGAUGAUCGUUUGGUUCAAGAUCUGUGUGACAGCUACAACGUUUCUCUAGUUAAAGAAACUAAACAAAUGAAAGGAAUUGUUGAUGUAGAAACUGUAGAAACCGCCAAGUCUGAAAGAUUUCAUGAAAGUCAGCAAACAUUGUCUAGACCAGACAAUUUAGAAGACUUACAGCCAAUAUCGAUGAGUGACCCUAAAAGUGUAUGCCAAGGAGACUCAUUGGAGACUACACCUUGUAAAGAGGAUUUGUCUUCUAAUAAGUCGCCUGACUCCAUCGAGCCAAGUCCAACCAAGGACUUUCCAUGUCCCGACUCUUUAGAGACAAGUCCCACAGGCCAGAGACCAGACACCAAAUGCCAAGAACUAUUAUAUCAAACCAGCAAUAACUCGCAAAACAGUCCGUUUGCAGUCAGCCUGACAGAAAACAUAGAGCUGGAAAUGAGUAAUGAAAUGAUAAUCCAAAGUGAACCCGAGAUUCCAGGCUCACAGUGCCUUUCAACUCCCUUAAAGCCACUUUCAUCUCCACUGGAUGAAGAAAACCUACAAAGUAAUGGUCUGGUACAAAGACAGGCCACACCAAAUAAAGAAAUUCAAGAAAUUGGAACAUUUGAUGAAAUGAAGGCUCCUGAAAUUGAGAAGUUUGAUUCAGCCAGUUCUGUAGAGCUUAUGGUGGAUGAUGUGAUGAUGAUGACAGAAGAACUGUUUAUCCAAAACGAGGAUAAUGGAUCGUUAUAUUCUGAAAUUCCUGAUACACAGGAGCCAUCGGUGCCUUUACAGCCAUCUCUAGAGGGAACUGACGAGGAAGCGCAGGAGAUCAGUGAAGUGAAAAAGCAGUUCACUCCUGAGGAAAAUAUGUUCAAGAUGGCAGCAAAAAUCCGGGUCUUUGAUGAAAUUGAAAAGGAAACCAAAACAAGAAAGGUUAGAUUUGAUUUCAUCAGUUCAUCCCAGGAUAGAGAUGAUGAGCUGCAGGAAAAGGAAGAAGAGCUUCAGUCCUGUGAUGAAAGUCCACUAGAUUAUGAAGAGGAAGACACAAAGCAGAAGUGUGGACCUGAGUCCAGUAUUUUGUCAUCUUCAUAUCAACAGUCAGAGCGGUGCGAUGACACACCACUAACUAAACUACCACAAGAGGAACCUGAACAAGCCCUGAGUGAAAGUCAGGUAUCAGAGUGUACUUACAGCCAUGAAUAUGGAGCUUCAGAGAUUGGUGAGAUGGAUAUUGAGGUGUUACCUACGCAAAUUCACAUUGAUAAAAAGGAGCUGAGCCAUGAAGACUUUUCUCCUGAGUGCCUUAUUAAAGAAGACAAAGCUGACACAAUGGCAGCUUUGGCUGAGGAUUCUGCUGCAAUGUUAGUGGUCAACAAAACUGAUAGCAACUCUGAUAUUGAGUGUCACACCAUCAUUGAGACUGAAACUGUAGAAAUGCCUCAGUCUUUUAUCGACACUGUGUGUUCUGUGAAUGAUGGAAGAGCUAAGGAAGAACAUCAGCCACACUCAUAUGGUUAUGAAGAGGAUCAUGGAGGGAAAUCACAAAGAAUUUCAGAACUGAUUCAGGGAGAUUUAGUUCCCUGGAGUGUAGAAGUGGAGGAUGAUGAAAGCUCACAGGUUGAGGCUGAAGAGCAGAAAAUUCAUUCCCAGAACUUGGACACUCGGUCUCAGGAGUCUACACCUGAAAUGCCUCCUGCUCGGACUCCUACAGAAAAUGGGCAGCCGAACCCUUUCUUGUUCCAGGAAGGGAAACUCUUUGAAAUGACAAGAGGUGGCGCUAUUGAUAUGAGCAGAAGGAGCAUGGAGGAAGAGCAGGAUGCAUUUGUCUUUUUCCCCAUAAGUGAGGACCCUUCUGAGGACAGUCCCUAUGAGCAAGUCAGGGAAAGUGCAAGGGAAUUUAGCACCUCACUGGAAAUUUCAUUAGAUUCAAAAAGUGAAGAUUCACCACAGCAUGUUUCUGGUCCUUCUGAUGAGCCCAUAGAUUCAGAAAGUCACAGUGACUCAGAAAGCCCAAACGAGAAAGAUCUGGGAUUUGAUUCAUCAAUAACAGAUAUUGAUACUGCCACGUCUACAGUGACCAGAUCCAUCCACUCUGAGCAGGACAUGGAGUCAUCUGAUUCAUCAGCAGAAGAUGAUCAGCACUCGGUAAUUGAAAUACCUACACCUACUCAAGAUGAUCUUCCGCUCCCUAGUGGAGAGGCAUUGCAGAUAUCAUCACACUGGACUCUCAGCUCACUCAGAGAUCCUGCUGCAGAACCCGAGAGCAGGAAACCAAAAUCAAAGAUUCCAGUGAAAACAACCAGCUUUGACCAUGAUUUGUGGAAAGGUGACUCUACUGAGCAAAAACGAAGGCCCAAAUCAGAGGCGGAUAUCAGCAUCUCAGACUUUAUCAGUGGUGUUCAUUCUUCAUCAGUGAAACCAAAGACUCCUGUAUCCAAAAUACCUGUGUCUGUAGAACAAAUAUCAUCAGAUGCACUUUAUUCAAGUCAAGUCCAACACACUCAUGAAGGUGGAGGUGCAGAAAAGUCUCCAGAUGAAAAGGACAGUCCCCGAACUGUCCUUGAUGGAGACAGCAGGUCAACGCCGUUCCGAACCCCCUCUGUAGGAGAGGACAUUUUUGAAACCAGACCAAACUGGGAGGAUUGUGUAGAGACGCAGAUGCAACGACUCUCAGACAGCAGUAGUCCAGAUCAGAGUAAAGUGGACUGGAACGAUGAUCCCGAUCGUAAAGAGGAAAUUUUGUCCAUCAUUGCUGAUCUUCUCGGGUUUAGCUGGACAGAGUUAGCUAAAGAGCUGGAGUUCAAUGAAAAUGAAGUUCAGCAGGUUCGUGCAGAGAACCCGAACUCACUGCAGGAACAGAGUACCGCUCUUCUACAGCGCUGGACUGAGCGCGAGGGCAAACACGCCACUGAGGACAGUCUGAUAAAGAAACUGACUAAAAUAAACCGCAUGGACAUCGUCCACCUCAUCAAGACUCAGCUCAACAAAUCAGUGCAGGAACAAACGUCCAGAACAUACGCCGAGAUCGAGAGGACACUGGACCACAGUGAAGCUCUGUCCUCAGUACAGGAGGUCAGUCCCCGGAUGGUGACGAGAGUGGACGUUUCCCAGAAGCCCCCAGCUGCAGUGUCAGAGGAGGACCUAUCGGUGGCCUCACUGCUAGACAUUCCUUCCUGGGCGGAGCCUGUAGGCCACGCCCACUCCGAGAGUAUCCAUGGAGACAUGCUAGAGGAGCUAGAGGUCACACAAGAUGCGUGGGCGUGUCAGGGGGCUGAAACAGACUCGAAACAUGUGUCUCCACAAGCACCACUCUCAGCUGCAGGUCGGGAUGCAGAUCAGGCUCUGAGCGAACCUGAAGAUCACAAUGUCCUGACUCUCUCACCUGCAGCAGAAGCUCCAAAGCCAUACUUCUUCAACUUCAGUCAGUCCAGCAUUGACAGGGUUUCAUGUGAGGUUUCAACAGAUAGGCACCUAAACCAAGAUGAGGUUUUGACAUACAUGUCACAAGGACAUGCUGCGGACCAUCUGAGAUCUCCACCUGAUGAUCUUUCUCCUGUGUAUGAGAAAAGUGACAUGGAAGAAAGUGAGAAGUCCUCCUCCGAGUUUCUACAGUCUCGUUUAUCUGGCUCUGAGGCUUACAACGUUCUGCAGCUCAUUGAGAGUGAUCAGGGACCUGGAGAGGAACCUACUCCUUCAGAGGACCAAAUGAUGAAGAGAUCUGCUCCAGAGGACAGGACGCCAUCUGAGUCUGAUUACGUUUUUGUAAAUCCUGAAUCUGAUCAGCUAUCGGCUAAAGAACAUGCUGAGUUUGAUUCAGCAUGUCAUUACAAAGGUUACAUGGAGAAACAGGAACCAUCAAAAGGUUGUAAUGAAGUGUCUCAGAUACCUGAAGCAGAGACGGAAGCUGUUAGUCCAGAGAAAUCUUCACAGAUGAUUAUACCAAGUGUCCAGGAUGCUGCAAUUCCUGAAGAAUCUCUAGCACAGAGAAAUCUUUCAAAGGAGCUGCAUGAUGAUCAAAAUUUCUCUCAACAAGAACAAAAACAUGACAUUCAAGAACCUCACAAUAUCUACACUGAAGAUGCUAAAAUGCAGUGUGAGAUCCAGCUUGAAGACAAGAUCACACAAGACUGUACAAUUCUGAAAGAGAGCAUUCUUCAGCAAGAUGUUUCACCAUUUUCUCACUCAGACGUUUCUCCACAAACACCAGACACAGUCAGAGCCACACGACACUUUGAGUUUGGGGAAGUUCUUUGGGCACCAGAGAGAACCUCUGAUCAGGAGUCAUAUCAGCUUCUCACCAAGGUUCCUGAGAUGGUAACGUCUCAAAGCUCAGACUGUCCACAAUCAGAAUCUUUUAUGUCUCAUUCACCAUCUCAGUUUUCAGAGGAGGCUUCAUUCCGCCGCAGUGUCUUUGAAUCUGGCCAAUCUACUGUAUGCUCCUUAAGUACAGAUGAAGCUCUGGCAUUACUUCAAAAACUUGUUCCUACAGAAAAUCUGCUGACUGGUGAAGGCGUCUUCUUGGAGAUCACUGAGUCAAGAAGAUCUGAAAGUGAUGGUGAAACACCCACAAAAACACUUUCCAAAGCUGAGGAGCCUGAAAUCAUGAAAAUGCAUAAAGAACAUGCUCAGGAUCUCCAGAGUGCCCUCCACUUGCCUGAAGAGCAAGAGAUGGUCUUGACAAACUCAAAUUACUCAGAACUGGGACUAGAACAAAAUGUAGUCUGGGCAACAUGUGUUAGCUUAAAGCCACAAGAACAUGGUGCUAAAAGUCUGAGCACAUCUGAGACCGGUGAAGAGGAGAACCAGGAUUCUAUCCAGGACUGCAUGGAAGCACCAGUCAUCCAGGAAGCUUUAGAAGAGUCAGAGGGAAAACAUGAACCACCAAGACUGAAGAAGAGUUUUCAAUCUUAUAUUUGUUCUUCUGAAGAAGCUCCUCCUCAUGGGGAUGUUAUGGAUGAUGAUGAUGAUGAUGAUGAUGAUGAUGAGCUGAGGAGGGCCGAUGGAGAAGCUGAUGUUCCUCCACAGACUGAGACUGAGGAACUGUACAUGGAGGAACGGGGAACGCUGCACACUACACAGGUGAGGCAGCUGGCAGUGGUCAGACGGUGUGCAUCGGCUGAGGACAGAACAGAAGGCCGUGCACACUCGAGAGCGGUGAAGAGAACAGUGGUGAAGAGUGAUGGGGAUGAGACAGAGGUGAUGUUUAACGUACAGUGCGAAGCUGCUGUGACGGUUAGUGAGACUGGAAAACAUUUAGAAAAAAAUCACCUGGAUACACACCUGACCACCACCUGUGAUGACAUCACACAGGGCGAAGAUGAAGAACACGAGUUCUCUGAAGUGCACUUCACUGAAGGGUGCAGGAUGGAGGAAGCAGACGUAUAGGACAAGAAUAUGAUCUCUAAUAUCACCAUGAUGAUGACUUUCAGCAUCACGUUGCUUCAUUUAGAGGAUUAAUGAUGAACCUUUCCUCUCUUUUUUCCUCUCCUAUCUCUGCACUAAGAAUGCUCAAACAAUCCCAGAAUGCACCUCUCUCUCUCCUUACUUCCUGUUUUACAGGUCUUCCUGAUUUGAUGUUGUUUGUUUACAUCCUCUUCGUCCACCAUGUUCAUAAUUUUUUUUUUUUUGUUGUGAGCAGACUCUGUGGUUAUUUAUUUAUUUAUUUAUUUAUUUAUUUAUUUAUUCAUUCAUUCAUUCAUUCAUUCAUUCAUUCAUCAGAAUUUUAUUGGGGUGGAGUUUUAAAAAAAAAUUAGUCCAAGUUAUAGACCUGACAGCGGUGCUCCCUGAUGAUGUCAUCGUUAUAGAAGGAACCGAACAAGCAACACUCAGAAAAAAGGAACUAAACUCUUUGCUCACUAGCUCUUUAUGAUUAGCUACUCUAAUGACAGCCUCUUGCUGUAAUGCUAGCAAGUUAGCAUAUUUAUUACCUCAUGGCGAUAUUAACUAGCUAACUUUGGGAUAAACAUUACAGGUUUGCUUAUUGAAGCACACCCGAGCUAGCUUUAGUAAACAGUUAGCCAGGGUUUUAUUGAGGAAAUUAGCUUGAAUAGUAUGAUGCUAACCAUGACGUUGUGAUACAACAUCCUCACUGAGAAACUUUCAGGAUGUUUGUCACUCAUUUAUUGUCACGGUAAAUAUCUAUUACAUUUGCAUCAUAACAAUGCUGUGUGCUGUUAUUUAUGUAGCUAAUUGUGUUCCUGCGUCUCACUUCAGUGACCUCAUCAUGAUAAUCUGUAUAUAAUAGCCACAUUAACCACUGCAAGUGAAAUUAACAUUAGCAUGAUUAGCACCAGUCAUCUAAUAAUAGCUUAUUAUAUCCAUGGUAUUUAAACUCACCUGUCUUGAUGUCUGCUGUUCCUGUCUCACUCUAUCUGUGUUUGUCAUGGUCUUUAUCAUUGCUUGUUGUGUACUUCUCACACUGUUUUAAUACUGUUUAAGACACGCCCUUGUCCACUUUCCCUUCACUACUCGGAAGUGUAUAUCACUAGCCAACAUGCUAACUGCUAAUAAAAAGCUGCCAUUUUGAAAAAUUAAACUGAGACUGCAGGAAAGAACUCUGAGUAAGAUGUGUUGAAGUCUACUAGGGAAAGUGGUCUAGGGGAAGUGGAAUUGGAGAUGUGGUCUAGGGGAAGUGGACUAGGGUAAGUGGUCUAGGGGAAGUGGAAUUGGAGAGGUGAACUAGGGUAGGUGGUCUAGGGGAAGUGGACUAGAGGAAGUGUGACAGUAUUGUAACAGGACAUAAACAGUUUGUUUUAAAAAUGUAGCAAAUAACAAACUGUGUUCAUGAUCACUUAUUUAUUUGUUCCCUUAAUCCUGAAGCAAGAUCGAUCAGUGUGUGUGUGUGUGUGUGUGUGUGUGUGUGUGUAACUUUAACCUGCUGCGGUGUUUCACUGUGAUUCUCAUUAACACCUGAUUAUUAGAAUUCUAAUAUAAAUUCUGUAGACAGCAUGUUCUAGUUUAUUAUAGAGCAUUAACCACUGUACAAUGUGUGUGUGUGUGUGUGUGUGUGUGUGAGAGAGAGAGUGUGUAUGCGAGUAUGUGUGUGGAGCUGAAAUUAAAACGUUUAUCAACGCA